AUGGCUCAAUCUAAGCAUAUAGACAAAAUUUUUGAUAGGCAUAGUGAUGAAACUAUUGCAAAUAACCGUUUAAGGUUGAAGACAUCUAUUAAUACUAUUCGAUGGCUUGCAUUUCAAGCAUGUGCAUUUAAAGGCGAUGAUGAAAGUUCUGGAUCUUUGAAUAGGGAAAAUUUGAUUGAAUUAAUUAAACUUUUAACUUCCUGUAAUCAGAAUGUUAAUAAUGUUGUCCUUGAAAAUGCUCCUGGAAAUGCUCAAUAUAUAUCUCCUGGUGUUCAAAAAGAUAUAUUGCAUAUCUUUGCUAGAAAAGUGCGUGCAACAAUUCGAGAAGAAAUUGGUGAUUCUAAAUUUUGUAUAAUUAUUGAUGAAGCAAGAGAUGAAUCAAAACGAGAACAAAUGUCUGUGGUUUUGAGAUUUGUAGACAAGCACGGUUGGGUUCAAGAAAGAUUUUUUGAUCUUAUACAUGUUUCUGAUAUAUGUUCUUUGACAUUGAAAACAGAAAUUUCAUCAGUUCUUUCUCGUCAUAAUCUUGAUGUCCAAAAUCUUAGGGGACAAGCACUUGUUUCUGCAGCCAAAGAAGUUUGUUAUGUUCAUCAAUUCUUUUCAAAACUUACACUAAUUGUGAAUGUUGUGACUGUUUCUCCUAAACGUCAUGAUCAGUUAAGGGUUGCUCAAGCAAAUAAUGUUACAAACUUAAUUGCCAAUGAUAAAAUUGUGAUAGGUAGUGGACUUAACCAAAUUGUUCUUGAAAAAAGCAUCGAAGAAGGUAAUUUCUCCACUCGUGGUGAUGCUAGUGCUGCUUAUGAUGCUAUCACAUCCUUUGAAUUUGUCUUUAUUUUGUAUUUGAUGAGAAAUAUUUUGGAAGUUAAUCAUGAUCUUUGUCAAGCUUUGCAACGAAAAAAUCAAGACAUAUUGAAUGCUUUAACUCUGGUUUCUACUACGAAGACUUUAAUCCAAAGAAUGAGAGAAUCAAGCUGGGAGGCUUUCAUAAAAGAAGUUAUAUUAUUUUGUGAGAAACAUGAAGUUGAAGUUCCUGAUAUGAAAGCAAUGCAUAUUCCUACAAGAGGCUGA